AUGGCACAAGUCGUCGAUGUUGCUCUCACAGGCAAAGGAGCCAUCGUCACAGGAGGCGGCUCCGGUAACCUAUUCUAUUCUAUUCUAUUCCCUCCCAACAUCAUCGCCCACCCAACCACUGACCCGGCCAGCACGAUGUACAUUAUGGAGAUGAUGCUAACGCAACACUGUUCUGAACGAACAGGUAUCUGUCUCUCCUUUGUCCAGCACUUGUAUCGAGCGGGCUUCAACGUCCUGAUCUGUGAUCUCGCCCUGCAUCGCGAGGCGGUAGCGUGGCUCGAUACGAUCCAACCACGAAAGGAUGAUACCAGUACAACCUCUCAUCCUACUGUCGCCUCUUCCUCCUCCUCGCCGUCAGGAGGACCACGGGUCGCGUUCCUCAAGACCGACGUGUCGGACUGGAAGCAGCUGCAUGGAGCGUUCGACGGCUACGCGCGGGAAUUCGGGGGUGGCGUGCCGGACGUGGUGUGCCCGGGGGCCGGGGUGUACGAGCCGUCGUGGAACAACUUCUGGAACGACGGCGACGACGACGCCGGGUUCUACACGCUGCUGCGCAUCAACCUGGAGCACCCGCUGAAGAUGUCGCGCAUCGCGAUCCGGAAGUGGGUGCAGCACCGACGACCCGGCACCAUCGUGCUCGUGUCCAGCACCGGCGCCCAGAAACCCAGCAUGCUGACGCCGCUGUACGGCGCCGCCAAGCAAGGGGUCAGCAACCUCGCGCGCGGCAUGGCGCGUCUGCAGGACAUGGAGGACAUCCGCGUCGUGGCCGUGGCCCCCGGCCCGACGAUGUCGCCGCUCAUGUACGACCACCCGGAGGCGCUGCGCUUCGUUGACCCGGACAAGGACAAGCUGUCUACCCCCGACGAGAUCGGCCGCGGUAUGAUGGCCGUGGCGUUCGAUCGCGAACGUUUUCCGCCCGGCACCGUCCUUGAGGUCACUCACCCGGACCGCUGGAGGGAGGUCAACCUCCUGAACGACCCCGGCCCCGGUCCGCAUGCCUUCACCAGCAGGAAGGAGGAGGGCAUGGCAGACGUCUACGCCGCGCUCGAGGCGGACAGGAAGAGUGCUCCUGCGUAG